AUGGAGCAAUACAACGAGCAAGAAUCGUCCGGUCUAGCCGACAACCCGGAUAAAUCUUCUCAAGCUCCCGAAGUGGGUCACGCAUGCAACCCUUGUCGAAGACGCAAACUUCGGUGCUCUAGGGAGCUGCCAGCCUGUCAGCAUUGUCGCAAGUCGGCCCAUGAAUGUCUGUAUGAGGCGAAACGUGCCAAACCUGGCAUGAAAACUGGGGCGUUGGAUAACCUCCACCGAAGACUUGAUGGACUAGAACGUUCGAUCGAAAGACAUCAAGCCAAGCUGGAAAGUCUGGAAGCCGAGGAGCCGUGCCAAGAUAGCGAUCCCAACAUCAACGCCAUCCUAUCAUCCCUGGCAACCAGUCUCCAAUCUCUUAGUAAACGAUCCUCCACUCGACGGGUUGCUUCCCGAGAUGAUGCUGGAUCCCCGGCAAAACGACGACGGGUUAAUGACGACGCCGGUCCCAAUCAAGCUUUCACGGCCACCAAUGUACCACCCUUGCCUGAAGAUACCACCAUCAGCACCACCAUCGAGUCAUACUUUCACUAUGUUCAUCCUUGGAUACCGAUUAUUCACGAAGCUCGAUUUCGGAGGAGGCUCGACGAUAAUGAUGAGAGGGAUAAGCUCCGACUCGUCAUACACUCUAUCUUUCUUGCCGCAUCCCAUUACACCGAAAGACAACACGACGCAGUAGCGUCGGAAGAUGUCAGGGAUUGGAUAGUCGCUCAGGCUAUGAAGCAGUCAUCAGUCGAGGCCUUACAGGCUUUGGUGAUUACUGCAUACAAUGACAUUGGGAAUGGAAUGACGGCGCAUGCGUGGCCACUUAUCGGUUGUCUAUCCCGCAUGGUCGAGCACCUCCAGCUGACGGUCGAGCACGACGAACCCACACAGUCGUCGUUCACUCAGCCAUAUAAUUCGUUGCCCUCGCCAAAGAACUGGACAGAGGCAGAAGAGCGCAGACGACUGUUUUGGAGCAUUUUCGCCCUCGAUCGCUUCUGUUCAGUCAGUAUGGGGUGGAACACUAGUCUCACAUCCGACGAUGUACACCGUCGUCUACCCUGUGAUGGCAUUACAUGGCGUAAAGAGGAUCCUGUUGUAACACCAUAUAUCGGGAUUUGGGAUAAAUCGGCUGGUCGCAUUGGGAACCCGAUCGCAUUUCUACCUUCGCACCCAAUGUCCGGUCGGGCAGCCGCAGAGACAGAAGUGGAGGCCGCGUCUGAAGCUGCUACAUCGCCGGGUGGAGCGACUACAGCAGCUGACAUGACCACAGUCGGAGCAUAUGCUUAUUGUAUCGAAGCUACCGAGUCUCUGAGUCGGGUAACAAGCUACUUCCUCCGGCAAAAAGUCAAUAUGCAAGACCAGAGGGCAUUUGGCGCCUGGCUCACUCGAUUCAAAGAGCUUGACCUUCGGCUCGUACAUUGGAAGAUGCUUCUCCCCCAAAAGUGGGCAAUCAAUGUCACGCAGCAGACUUCCUCAAGAAUGGAUCCGAACCUGACAUUGGCUCAUUUGACUCACAAUGCAUCUAUGAUUCUACUUCAUCAGCCGAUCGCAUUUCCUUUACCGUCGUGGCCUUUCAAGAAUCGGCUCCCUAGUCUCUGCAGCGUGGAUACAUGUCAAACGGCGGCCAUCGAAGUUGCCUCUAUCACAAACCAAUAUCUGAAGAACUCAGCAGAAAAUUCUCCGUUGAGCAACCAAUUUGCAUUCUGUGUUUUCAUCGCGGGUAGAGCUUUGCUAUUGUCCUGGCAGCAUAGCCCAGCGGGCACCUCCGUGGCGUCAGAGUUCUGGACGCUAAUCAGCAGUCUUGAUAUCAUGUCCUAUCGCUGGACAGGAAUACAUGGAAUCACUGAACCGCAACAUCCUAGCCUAUUUUCUAAGUAUUCUGAAACACUAAGUGAGUUACACAGGCGAUUCACUCAGGAUGAUUCCUUCUACAUUAAUCCUUCUGGAUAUACCACCGAGAUGGUCCAUUCGACGACAGAUCUCGGGUCGUCUAGCAACACACCAAUUGGAACUGGCAAGACUGAAAGAGUUUCUGCUCAUCAGUUUUCCAAAACUAGCACUAUCGGCCUUCCGACCAGUGGAAAUGUACCUUCUGGCCCUUUACCAGGGAGGGGCGGAGCGGAAAAUAUUCCAACACAAAUUCCAGACAUGCCACCGCAAGGAGUGGCAAAUAUUGGCCCCAACCCUUUCACUCUGCACAUGGCGAAUGCGAUCGAACAGAGCGGAGAUGGUGAUGAUCCCAUGGCAAUAUCGCAGAUGCUGCUAGGUCAACAGUUCACCGACUUAGAUCGAGUUAUUAGUUUCAACGAUGGGAUUUUUGGACCUGAAUUCGAGGCUCGAAGAUGGUGA